UCCAAAUAAGCAUCCACAACUGUCUUCGCAAAGGCUCGCAAUCAACUUUGUUUUCUUUUUUUAAUUGUGCUUCUUGCAUCCUGCUUACUCUUGGAUGUCAUGGCCAGUUCACCACUGCAGCUGCUUGGUUUCUUCCUGGCACUGAUUGGCGUGGCCACCACAGUGACUGCUACCAUCAUGGUGGAGUGGAAGACGCACGGCCAUUCACACCGCAUCAUGCAAGGCCUGUGGAUGACCUGCAGCGUCGGCCACAGGACCACCUGCGAAGUUCACGACUCUCUCCUCAAACUGUCAGAUCAGGUCCAGAUAACCAGGGCAAUUCUGCUGGUGAGCCUGUUUCUGUCAACCGUGGCGUUAAUGGUCUCCACUAUCGGAAUGAAGUGCACCCGCUUUAUGGAAGGCAAACCCAAUGCCAAGGGAGCAGUGGCUCGCAUUGGAGGGAUUAUGUUUAUGGCUUCAGGGGUAAUGACGUUAAUCAUAACAUCCUGGUAUGUCAAGAAGAUCAUUUCCGACUUCCAUCAUGACCAUCAUCUACACCGCUUUGAGUUUGGUACUGCGGUGUUUGUCAGCUGGGCCGGCGGCUUCCUCACGACAUUUGGCGGAGCAUUCCUGACCUGUCAGAAGUGCUCAAGGUCAUCUUCGUCCAGGUCUAUUAACUCCAACCGCCUCCUGCAAACCAACAAGUCCAACAGCAACUAUGUUUAGACUACAGGAAGGAUCUACAAUGUUGGAUUUUGUCCCAAAAUGACUAACAACUACUUUGCACUGGGUUUUUGAUUAACAGUGUAACCUCCAAAGUCGAUCAAAUUCAAAAUAGAUUGAGUCAUAGACUUCAUAAUAUACUGAUGAGACACGGGGCGCGGGGUUGAUUACUAGGGGGCCUGCAUUGUUGGCGUGGCUGUCAAAGCUGACCGAGUGGAAUCACAGAUAAAGAGCUUUUCCCGUUGAGAAUUCUUGUGACGAAAUGCUUGAAUACCUGAAUUCUUUAUAGACAAGGAUGUAAAACAGCCUCGAUUCUUGGUUAAAAGCAAAAAAAAUGUGCAGUUAGCAUUUAUUUUACAUACAUAUUACGAACUAUGAUGCUAGUCUGUAAGCAAAUGUAGCGGCCGCCUUAUACAAACUGCUUUUUCUGUUGAAAAUUCUUGUGAACAAAUGCUUAAAUCCCUGAAUCCUUUAUAGAUAUGGACAUAAAACAGUUCGGAUCUUGGUUUAAAGCAAAAAAAAAAAAAAAAGUGCAAUUGGCAUUUAUUUUACGUAAAUAUUGUAAACUAUGAUGCUAGUCAGUAAGCAAAUGUAGCGGCCGCCUUAUGAAAACAGCUUUUCUGUUGAAAAUUCUUGUGAAUAAAUGCUUAAAUCCCUGAAUUCUUUAUCGAUAUGGACGUAAAACAGUCUCGAUUCUUGGUUAAAAGCAAAAAAAACAAAAAAAACGUGCAGUUAGCAUUUAUUUUACGUAAAUAUUGCAAACUAUGAUGCGAGUCAGUAAGCAAAUGUAGCGGCCGCCUAAUGAAAACAAAAAGCUUUUCCGUUCAAAAUUAUUGUGAAUAAAUGCUUAAAUCCCUGAAUUCUUUAUCGAUAUGGACGUAAAACAGUCUCAAUUCUUGGUUAAAAGCAAAAAAAAAAAAAAAAAAAAAAACAAUACAAAAAAAGUGCAGUUAGCAUUAAUUUUACGUAAAUAUUGCGAACCAGUGCCAUAACGGCUAGUUUCUCCAAUUGAUUUUUUUCACGUUUCAAAAUGCAUGCAUGGUACAUAAAAUAUGAUAAUUACCUUGAAUCCUCAAACAAAUCACUCCUGAGACAAUCCUUCCUGUUUAUAUGCAGCACAGCUUUCGUACUUUUUCAACCUAAAUCUGGCGUUAGAUCGCUGCGUGCGUGUGUUUGAGAAUAACUCCUCUUGAUGCUUGGUGUGGGCAGGCCCCCUACUUGAAGGCGUGGUGCAGUGUCUGACAGAUGUGACCCGUUCAUAAUAAUUAUGAAGUCUAUGAUUAAGUGAUGAAAAAAGGGUUAUGGUUAGCGUCAUGUUGUGAAUUCAAAAUGCUAUGAUAAUUAAACAACAGCCUCAGAGAGUUUUUAUUGUAGUUUAGUUUUAUCAAACAGUGGGUAACGGUUCUUCAUAAUCUAGAUUCUGAAUUCAUUUAUGGGUUUAUUCACUUUAACUUAUUUUCUUUAGUAAAUAUUGUUUUGGAAUCAGAACACAUUGGAAAUGUAUAGGAGUCACCGAAGAUAUUGUGUUCAACCUUGGAGGUUUUACUGCCUACUAUGAAUUCUUAAAUGUACUACUCACUUGUAGAUUUUUUUUUUUUUUUUUUGUGGUCUUUUUAUUAUGGUUACAUACUAUGGCUAUUUAUGUACAGUAUUUUAUAAGAAAAAUAAAAUUGUGUGUUUAUACUGUUAGAUUUGAUUGACAGAAUAGUGUAAUUUAUUUGACAGGGAGUGGCAAUUUCCGGAAAAGAUGUCCUUGCAUUUCUGAGGAUAAAAUUGAGCAAUUAGUGGAGACAUGAGACAUGCAUGUGACAAAACAUCAGAUUGGACACAGAGAUUGGCCUGCGCUGGGGGGCAGUUUACUCAUCAGCGGAAGUGCAACAAUCUAAUCUCUAAUGCAAAAGAUGUUUUCUGUGAAGUCGCAUUCCUUCCUGGUACAUAGUCAAAUGGGAAUGCUGUAUGAAACCAGCAGUUUCUCCCAUGCUGUUGUUUUAAUGUGGGUAUUUGAUGAAUGCAAAUAGUGUGCUCUGGACAAUAUUGAAAUCUUAACAAAAAAAUAUUACUAUAAUAAUAGAACAGCAACAACUGAUAUAUUCAAUUAUACCUCUUGUAUCACAUUUGCACAUUGGUUUUGCAACUUCUCAACAAUGCAAUCAUUACAGUAGCAUUGAAUGGCUUAAAAGUGUGUUGCUAAGAUAUCUUGGCACACCCCAUGUAGAAUGCAAAUAUGCCUCCAAGCGGCUGUGAGUAGUAUGAUACUUUAUAUGGAAAACGUCCAACCAAUCUAAUUGGAAACUUUUUUUAAAGUGUCAUGACCUUUCAGCAGUCACUGACAGAGAAAAAUAAUUGCUAAUCACAUAAGUUGACAAAUGGUGACUUUUCACUUAAGUGGAGCUCAUUGUUCUUGGGUCCUUAAAAGCCACUACAUAGAUCUAUGUAUGUACAGUGCCUGUUGUAAUAAAUUCUGUUUUAUUUAAGUUAAGCAGA